GAAUAGUCCAAAGUAGGCAAAAUCUGAACAGGUAGAAGAAGCAGUGAAAUCCUCUCUGAACUCUUUUACAGGAAAACAAUAUCCACUGCCGCCUACAAAUAAUGACUCCCCAGCUGAAGACUCGACUGAACAUAACCUCACGACUCAUCCAGGGGGAUCUGAAGAGCCUGUCUCAGGAAGUGAGAUACUUCAUUGAAAGCAAUGCCAAGCUAUGCCAACCUGCUAGAAUUCAUAUCUGUGACGGCUCUGAGGAAGAGAACAAAAACAUUCUGGAUAUCAUGGUAGAACAAGGCAUGAUCAAGAAGCUGAAGAAGUAUGAGAACUGUUGGUUGGCUCUCACUGAUCCAAGGGAUGUGGCAAGGAUUGAAAGCAAAACAGUCAUUAUCACUCAGGAGCAGAGAGAUACCAUUCCGAUCCCUAAAACUGGAACUAGCCAGCUGGGUCACUGGAUGUCAGAAGAAGAUUUUGAGAAAGCCUUCAAUGUCAGAUUCCCCGGGUGCAUGAAAGGACGUACAAUGUAUGUCAUCCCCUUUAGUAUGGGGCCCAUUGGGUCUCCUUUAUGCAAGAUUGGGAUUGAGUUGACAGAUUCACCAUACGUGGUGGCCAGCAUGAGAAUUAUGACCCGGAUGGGAACAGCCGUCUUGGAAGCCCUAGGGAAUGGAGAGUUUGUAAAAUGCCUUCAUUCGGUUGGGUGCCCUUUCCCACUAAAAAAACCACUAGUAAACAAUUGGCCCUGCAACCCAGAUUUGACUCUGAUUGCUCAGAUUCCUGAUCGCAGAGAAAUCAUCUCAUUUGGCAGUGGUUAUGGAGGAAACUCCUUGCUGGGGAAAAAGUGCUUUGCCCUCAGGAUUGCCAGCAGAAUUGCCAAGGAAGAGGGCUGGCUUGCUGAGCACAUGCUGAUCCUGGGUAUCACAAACCCAGAGGGUGAGAAGAAGUACUUUACCGCGGCAUUCCCCAGUGCAUGUGGCAAAACUAACUUGGCUAUGAUGAACCCAACUCUGCCAGGAUGGAAAAUUGAGUGUGUUGGGGAUGAUAUUGCCUGGAUGAAAUUUGAUGAGCAAGGUAAUUUAAGGGCAAUCAAUCCAGAAAAUGGAUUUUUUGGAGUUGCUCCUGGGACAUCAGUAAAAACAAACCCCAAUGCCAUAAAGACCAUACACAAGAAUACCAUCUUCACCAAUGUAGCAGAAACCAGCGAUGGAGGCAUAUACUGGGAAGGCAUUGAUGAACCACUUGCACCAGGAGUGACACUGACUUCAUGGAAGAACAAGAAGUGGACUCCAGGGAAUGGGGAGACUUGCGCCCAUCCCAAUUCUCGAUUCUGCACCCCUGCCAGCCAGUGCCCAAUCAUUGACCCUGCCUGGGAAUCUCCAGAAGGAGUGCCGAUUGAGGGUAUAAUAUUUGGAGGCCGUAGACCUGCUGGUGUGCCUCUAGUAUAUGAGGCCCUUAGCUGGCAGCAUGGCGUAUUUAUAGGAGCAGCUAUGAGAUCUGAAGCAACAGCAGCUGCUGAGCACAAAGGAAAAAUCAUUAUGCACGACCCCUUUGCCAUGAGGCCUUUCUUUGGCUACAACUUUGGCAAAUACCUUGCCCACUGGCUUAGCAUGGCACAUCGCCCAGCUGCAAAACUGCCCAAGAUCUUCCAUGUGAACUGGUUCAGAAAAGACAAGCAAGGAAAAUUCCUGUGGCCUGGUUAUGGGGAGAACUCCCGUGUCCUGGAAUGGAUGUUCAACAGAAUCAGCGGAGAGGCUGAUGCCAAGCGAACUGCUAUAGGCUACAUCCCUGCUGGCACAGCCUUGAACCUGAAGGGCCUAGAAGGCAUUGACAUGACAGAACUGUUUGAUAUCUCCAAAGAGUUCUGGGAAAAAGAGGUAAUGGAAAUCAAGAAAUAUUUUGAAGAGCAAGUUAAUGCUGACCUCCCUUAUGAAAUAGAAAGAGAAAUUCUUGCACUGGAGCAAAGGAUAAAACAGCUGUAACUGAUCAAAACAGUUCUGAGUCCACACAUAAUGAAGAUGACAGGCACACGUUACUGGAAGCACACUAAUACAUUGAUAGGUAGGAGGGCAAUGCUGAAAAAUAUAAACAUUUUCAUUCUAAAAAGGAAAAUCAAGGUUGUUAGUCAGCUGGAACUCCUGGACAUCCCAGAGGUAACUUCCAGCCCAUGGGUUUAGUAUUACAUGUGCAAAUGACCCUUAAGACAUCUGAAUGAUCAUUUGCAUGCAUAAUUACUAUAAUUCUGCACGCAAUCACAUGUACAGAUUACUCGGAUACAUUUUUGCAUGUGCAAUUCUGAAAACACAGACUCCAAUGUUUUCGAGAAUGCCUGUUUCUGUUAUAAUGAGCAUUAAAGACCCAGAUGAAUUUGUUUUUACCUUAGGCCUGGUCUACACUAGGAGUUUAUGUUGAAUUUAGCAGCGUUAAUUCGACUUAACUGUGCACCCGUCCACACCAGGAAGCUAAUUAGUUCGACCUAGAGGGCUCUUUAGUUCAAAUUCUG